AUUUCAGGAAAUAGCAUCAGUGACACAUUCCCAUGUUAUGUUCUCAUUAACGAGUAAGAAAGGAGCGUAACCCAGGAAAGUGAAGUGCAGCAGUGCGUGGACCGAGCGGAUUCACGCGUAUCAAGUAGACAAAUCUAUGAAAAGUUGGUCAUUUCACGCUCUGCCCUAUCACAAGAUUGUUAUUUACUGCCGAGCGCUCAAAGUAAGCCCCGUCUGAGGUCCUGCUGGUUCACUGUCGCCUGCACGAUCGUAGAUGGCUGCGUUGAUGGUGACAUGAGUCAGAGGGAAUCAAAUCGUGAAAUACAACAGCGACUGGUGAUGGAGGGAUACAUUUGGGGCUUAUUUUUUUGUCCAACACUGAUCUAACGUUUGGAAGAGAGGACUGGAAUAAGCCAUAAGGCGCACAGCUCCAUACUGAAGUGUUUAAGUUAGUCUGAGGGGAAAUUUAAAAGACCUAAAAAUACAGCGUUGGUUUCUUCCCUACAAAGAAUCAUUUGAACUUCCCACCGCAGAGCGAGAGCGACAUAAAUAGUUCUGACAUGUGGAUGUAAUUUCAGAAGAGGAAAAAAGACAGAUGCAGAGAAAUAAAGAGAGCGGGCUGAGCCUGAGCAUAUAGUAGAUUAUAGGAAAUUAAAUCGUGGGCAGAGCGAGGCGAUUACAGAGUUAUGAUUUCACAAGCCGCCAUAAGCAUCGAGAGGCCAGAUGGAGUAAAAAAACACAACUCUCUCUACUUUGAAGAGAGUUAAGUAGAUUAAAUCAUUUCAUCUGAGCAUCAUCAGCGUCUGUUCGAGCCCUGCAAGGACUGUUGGAGGUAGAGUUGCCUCAGGUCAGGGAUGGGAUCCACUCUGCUGCUCCACAAUCUGGACUUUCUUCUCAUCUCACUACUCAGCAGUUUAUGCCUGGUUUACGCAGAUGAUGUGCUCACAAAAGAGGAACAGAUAGGCCUGUUGUUCAAAGCCAAACGGAGGUGUGAGGGUAACAUCAAGUCAAAGCACAAGAUUCCUGAUGGUUUCUGCUCACCAGAAUGGGACGGCAUUGUUUGUUGGCCUGAAGGGCCUCCGGGAAAACUCGUAUCCACUGCCUGUCCAGAGUAUAUCUAUGACUUCAACCAUAAAGGACUAGCAUACCGUCGGUGUGACAACAACGGAACGUGGGAGCUGGCCACAAUCAACAAGACAUGGGCCAAUUAUAACGAAUGUGCAGAAUUCCUGUACCAUUACAACCAUAGCCAUGAAAAGGAGGUCUUUCAUCGUCUCUAUCUCAUCUACACAGUUGGGUACUCCAUUUCUCUGGGAUCGCUCAUGGUGGCUGUAGUCAUCUUGGGAUAUUUCCGACGAUUACACUGCACCAGGAACUACAUCCACAUGCACCUAUUUGUGUCCUACAUGCUAAGAGCUAUAAGUAUUUUUGUGAAAGAUGUUGUGCUCUACUCUGGAUCGGCCUUAGAGAACAUGGAAAGAGUCACAGUGGAAGACCUCAAGUCCAUCACUGAGGCUCCGCCAGCCAACAAAACACAGUUUAUUGGCUGCAAGGUUGUCGUGACCUUGUUCAUGUACUUUCUGGCGACCAAUUACUACUGGAUCCUUGUUGAGGGUCUGUACCUCCAUAGCCUCAUCUUUAUGACCUUCUUCUCAGACAGAAAGUAUCUAUGGGGAUUUACUCUGAUUGGGUGGGGAGUACCAGCUAUGUUUGUGACAGUUUGGGCAACUGUGAGAGCCACGUUUGCGGACACAGAGUGUUGGGACUUAAGUGCAGGCAAUUUGAAAUGGAUAUAUCAAGUACCUAUCUUGGCAGCUGUAGUGGUUAAUUUUAUGUUAUUUCUGAACAUCAUCAGAGUCUUGGCAACUAAACUACGAGAAACAAACGCUGGAAGGUGUGACACAAGACAACAGUAUAGAAAACUGUUGAAGUCCACGUUGGUGCUAAUGCCACUGUUUGGUGUCCACUACAUUAUAUUCAAUGCCAUGCCAUACACAGAGGUGUCUGGAGUUCCCUGGCUGAUCCAGAUGCACUAUGAGAUGCUGUUUAACUCCUUCCAGGGAUUCUUAGUUGCAAUUAUAUACUGCUUUUGCAACGGGGAGGUACAAGCUGAGAUUAAAAAGUCCUGGAGCAGGAGGACUCUGGCACUGGACUUCAAAAGAAAAGCUCGGAGUGGCAGUAACACUUACAGCUAUGGACCUAUGGUAUCACACACCAGUGUUACCAACGUCACUGCCAGAGGGCCGCUGGCCCUCCACCUCACCACGAGGCUGGGACCGGUGCCUGUGAACGGGCACAGGAACCUCCCCGGGUACGUAAAGAACGGCUCCGUCUCGGAGAACUCUAUACCUUCGUCGGGACAGGAACUCCACAUUCCUGAGGAGGAGCAUUCGGCUCCUACGCGGCCCUGCGAGGACGAGAAACCCUCGCCUGUGGUAGAGGAGGAGAGGGAGACAGUCAUGUGACCUUCAGGCCGCUGUGUAUAGGGAAGAAAACUGGAAAGACAAAUCAUAACACAGUCUCAGGAUGGUCUGAAGGGGAUGGCUGCAUGCAUCGACGCUGCCAGUUUAUUUCUCCUGUGAAUCGAGCCAGAACAUUGCCGACUGAUGAGGCUCAAGGCAAAAAGGGUGUAUCACUUUCGUGAGCUGGGCCGCCUUUAUAUGAGGGAUGAUGACCCUCAUCGUUGUGGCAAAUAUUCUCAACUCGUUCAACAACCACCUGCCACAGUGAAUGUGUAAAAGGCUGAAAACAGACUGCCGUUUCUUAUUUCUUUUCCACUGCCAUAACUGUUGUUGUCUUGUUUUAUGUUUGCUUUUUUGGCAAAAUGUCUUUAUGCUCAGCUUUUGUGAAUAAAUCGAACUGAGGUUAGUUAGUGACAGUAGUUGCCAGGGACAGCCUUAAUCACCUAUGUAAAGCCAAGUGGAUUCUGAGUGCACUUAGCGGGGCAUGUGUGGGCAAUUUGAUCAGCGAGUUUUCGUAGUAAGUCAGUGUCAGCAGACUAAGUGUAGGCUCGGCUUAAAGAAAUUAUUAAUGCUACUAUUUUGAAACAUCUGUUCAUGUUUUCUGGCAUGGUAUCUAAUUUGUUCUGCAUUGACUUAAAUCCACUUCAGUGUAAAAGGGAAGGUACUCAGGUAAUUGAAGUCCUCUGUUGUUGCACACCUAUUUUUAUACUUUUAAAGUGGUGUUUUAGCAUGGUCAGCAUUCCUCUCCAGAGGAUGUUGCUAUGUUAUAUAAGGCUGUGUUAAAUAUUCUUUUUUUCAAAAUGUUGUACAGUUUCUGCUGUCUAGAAAGACCCAGUAUUCAUCUCUCUAAUUACAACAGAUUUCGAAGGGGUUCAAAUGAAUGUUUCAUAUUCAGAUUCUCCACAAAAAUACCCUAACACACACACAACACGAUGCCAAAGUAAGAAUAUUUCUUUGAAGACCGUCACUUUCUUUGGGUUCAGAGUUAGCUGAGGUGAAGAAGAACUUCAUGGAAAUCUGACAGAAAAAGUAUCAUGUGCUCUCACAAAGUUAUCAAAGGAAGGGACCCCCAUUUAAAAACACAGGGUGCAGGAAAUGGUCAUAUAUUCCAGUGGAAUGUUAAUUAAAAUGAGGAAUCCAAGAAAAUCUCAAAUUCAGCUGGAAUUCCGAGAGUCACAGUUGUGGCGGAUAUGAAGGAAAACCCAGAAACGAAUAACACACAGUAAUUUUUACAGAUGGUCCAUUGUUAUGCUGCUUUUUGAUGUGUAUAUACAAGUCACAAUGUUUACAAAGAUCAGAAAUACAUUCUAUUUGUGAGCUAAUAGUGUUCAUGUGUAUGGAUAUGUUAUAAAGCUAUGUUUCAGUGUAUAUAAUUUUUUUUCAUGUGUUUGUUUACAGAAUGUUUGUAAUAAUAGGUUAUGUACAUAGUCCAAAACAAAACUGGUGAAUAUAUUUACAGGUGACAGAGGGCAUUCAAACUAGCAUUUAAUGAAGCUUUCCACAAGAUAUUUUAAACUCUGUAACUUGUAACUUACUGCACUUAACCUGAAUGGUUUACAGGUUAGGUCACAUAAUUUACUAUACCAAAGAGAAAAGGCAUAAUGUGCUGCCAGAGAAAAAUCUAUUUUCCAGCAUUUCCUUGUAUUUUCAUCCACCAUCUUGUUUACAGUGACCAAAAAGUCUUAAAGUCAGCCUCUCUCCAAAAAAAAGUAUUUGCUACUGGUAGUUAGUGUAGGACAACGUCCAGAUAAAAGUGUUGAAAUACAGCCCCCGUGUAGAUUGAAGUUUUUUUUUUUUUUUUUAAAUAAAUACUCAGUUUCAUGUAAACAGCAGUGAGGCAAAUGAGAAAACCAUUCACAACACUCAGUAGCUUAGUAACAAUGGCCUGAGACCAUUAAUAUUAAAGGCAGUUUUGUUGCUUUUAAAUCUUCCACUUGGAUUUUUGACUUAACUUGGUCUCAAGAGCUGAAUCAGUCGCUGUUUGGUUUGGACUAAUAUGUCUGAUGGAUCAGUGAUUUAGAUCAGAUUCAGCUAAAUGGAGUUUUACCUCACAUAAAUUUCAACUGAUAUGUGACCAAAGCUAAUAUUGGCCCUUGUGCACAGUGUUGUCCCAGCUUUUUUACAUCUGGUGACCACUGUUUGAUGGCGAGCUCUCUUGCUCUUGUCUCUCUGCUGUCUUCCGCUUUUGGUGACAUCCCACUGACUGAAUUAUGCUCCCGGUUCCCUGAUUCCCAGAUUUUCUCCACCAUUUGCUAGGUCCGUCAAGGUCGGUUCUCUGACUCAGUUUUGAAAGGGUUAAAGCUUGGUCUGCUCAUUUUGUACUGCCUACAAGUCCAUCCUGCAGAUUUAUGCUGCAUCGAAAAGAGUAAAGAACACUGAGUUCGGACAACUUUACAAACUUUCUUUACUGUUUUCCCAUUAAGUAGAUGUUUAAACGAUUACUCUAGUAAUGGUCUAUGUAUUUCUUAUUGUAACAAAUCCCAUGAAAAGACCAAGAUCAACAUUUAACUGACUUAUGAGUAUUGUCUGACGUAGCUUAUUCCUCUGUGCCAUAGAGGUCGAUUGUUGUUCAAAAACUGUUAAAAACACAGUGAGCGACACCUUUUCAUUGGGUGACAGGAUUCUUCAUUACAAUGCACAUGGGCACUGUAGUUUAUUUUGAUACCGUCCCACAAACACCAUCCUAGGGGGGUAAAUACUCCCUAGCUAACCAAAUGUGUAUUUAUCCGCAGCUUUUAAAAGUCCCCGACAAAUGCACUAAUUACUCCUGUCUGAGUAAAAUUUGCUAAAAGCUACAGUGCCCAAGUGUUAUGGGAAUUUACAUAGCCUUUCUUUUUAAAACGAAACAAAAGACUGCUAACCCAUUUUCAAAGAUUCAGAUCUUUAGUGGAAAGAAAUUAGCUUUUGGAUGAGAGACGAAGGCAUGGUAGGAAAGUACUAAGAGAUGGAACAACACAUUGCUGUUUUUGGUCUUUUCAUGAUAUUUUUGGCAAUAAGGACAAUACAAAAAAAACUCAAACCACAACACAGAAAUAUCCACAACACUCAUUUGAGCCAGACAACUUCCUGUUUUUGACAGCCGGACAGACACCCGGGGUUUUUUGAACACUCUUAGAAGUGCAUUUUGGCCCUUAAGAAACUUAAAAUGGACCCAACUUGGAUAUUUCCGUUGGGAUCGGUCACGAUUGCGACUUGAGGUCGAGUAGAUUGACAAAAAUAGUAAUCGAAGGUGGCUGCAGGCCAGAGUGAUGGAAAAAGGAAAAGACUAAGGUUGAGGGAAACCUCUGUCACUUGAUAAUACAGUAUCAUACUGUCAGUACAGUUGUAGUAUGUACAACAUUUAAGACUGCAGCUGACUGAGGUGGUUGUUCUUCAAAUCCACUUUCCACUAAUUGCCGCUGGACAAGUAAACACGUUGCUGUUGUGUAAUCCAGACAGCUUUUCAUCAAAAGGGUUGGCGGUAUCAGAGCAUGAAAAUCUUUUAUUUAAAAAACACUUGGAAAAUUAUAUUUGAGCACUUUAAUACCCUAUUAUACAGUAUUUUGUUCUGAUUGUAUCAUGUAAAAUGAUUGUGUUUUGGAAUCAAGUGUACAAUAAGGCCAAUAACCAUAGAGCUAAUGUUGUAUUUCAUUGUUUUCAAAUACCUCUCACGGAAGUAUAAAAUGUGUUUCAUUGUCUUUUAUUUAUCUUGUGCCGACAUGUACUCAGUGGAGUCGACAUCUUCGUGCUUUAGAUACAGUAUGUGGGCCGUGUUUUCUAAGACACGUCUCACCCUCUCAUCACUCCAUAGUGAUGGAGGCACGUUAUAGAUAUCAGUGUAAACUUUGAAUAAAAUGGGAAGAUGUUUUCUGGUUUCUAAUGUUCAACAGU